AACUGAAAAGCCCUUUGCCUGAGCUCAGCCAAACUGGGACACACAGGAGCCUCGGGCUACAGAGGAGAAGCCUCUUGGCCCAAGGAUGGAGCUGGAACUCAACUGUACCCCGGCUGCAGAGCUGGACAAGUUCAUAGAGGACUACCUUCUUUCCAACAGCAGCUUCCAUAAUGAGGUCCGAGCCAUCAUUGACAUCGUGUGCACUUUCCUGAAGGAGAGAUGCUUCCGAGGCGCCGACCACCCUGUGAGGGUCUCCAAGGUGGUGAAGGGAGGCUCCUCUGGCAAAGGCAAAAUGCUCCUAGGCAAGUGGGAAGCUGACCUGGUGGUGUUCCUUAACAAUCUCACCUGCUUUGAAGAUCAGUUAAGGCAACGGGGAAAGUUCAUCCAGGAAAUCAAGAAACAGCUGUGUGCACUGCAGCAAGAAAAAACAUUUCAUCUGAAGCUUGAGGUUCAGGAUUCAAAUCAACCCAACUCCCAGGGGCUCAGCUUCAAACUGAGGUCUCCUCAGCUCCUCCAGCAGGAGGUGGAGUUUGACGUGCUGCUGGCCUAUGAUGUCCUGGGUGAUGUCAGCAUCAACCAGAAACCUGAACCCUACAUCUAUGGAAGGCUCAUCAUUAAGUGCACCUCCCUGGGGCUGGAGGGUGAGUUCAACACCUGUUUCACGGAGCUCCAGGGAAACUUCCUGAAGGAUCGACCACCCCAGCUGAAGAAUCUCAUCCGUCUGGUCAAACACUGGUACCAACUGUGUAAGGAGAAACUGAGGGAGCCGCUGCCCCCACAGUAUGCCCUGGAGCUGCUCACAGUCUAUGCCUGGGAACGUGGGAGUGGAUUCCCUGAGUUCAACACAGCCGAGGGAUUCCGGACAGUCUUGGAACUGGUCACCAACUACAGGCAGCUUCGAAUCUACUGGACAGUGUAUUAUGACUUUCAAUAUGAAUAUGUCUCCAACUGCCUGCACAAACAGCUCAGCAGAGCCAGGCCUGUGAUCCUGGACCCAGCUGACCCAACAAGGAAUGUGGCUGGUGGGAACCCAUUGGGCUGGUGGCUGCUGGCAGAAGAAGCUGUGGCCUGGCUUGGAUAUCCAUGUGUUAGGAAUUGUGAUACAUCUCUAGUGCGCUCCUGGGAUGUGCCGUUUGAAGAUCCUGUGCCAAACCAAGAGGUGGAUGAGAAUGGAGCAUGUGUCCUCCUGUGAACACAGCAGCACCUGCCCAGGGGAUGUUCUCCUCUGUGCAGGCCUUGACCAGAGAGUGCCGGGUGCUGCCCAAGGCCCCAGUGAGAGAGUGUCCAACCUGGGGUCAGACUCUAGGCUCCUGACCCCUGCCUGCCCACCCUAAUCCUGUCCCAUCACAGACAGCCUUCCUCACAGCCUGCUUCACCCACCUUAUCCUUGUCAGUGUUCUCUGGGAGAGAAGAGAUACAAAGGGAAGGAAGAACUCAAGCUUGACUUCCAUCUGUGUAUCUGUUGGAGGGUUCUGUCCAAUGUCUGACCAACAUCAAUAAACCAUAGAAGAUGCCA